AUGUCGGCCUCCUCGACUGCAUCGGAGAGGCGCAUCUGCAUCUUCUUUGACUGUCGUGUCGCGGGCGACGGGAGAGGCUACGAGGAGUUUCGGCAGACCGUGUAUGCGCAGUGCCGCCAACUGCUGACUCUCUCCCACCUGCACUACCAUAGGAGUGGUACCACGCUCUCAGUUACCGUCCAUCUCGUGAUGCACACUCAUGUGGAGUCUUUCGCGACACCGGUUUGCGCCACGAGUACCGGCCAUCCAAUCGAUUCUGGCGCUGCUGGAGUGAUAAGCGGCCUUCGCGCACUUGCAGCCGCCCAGCCGGAUCACAGCGUCAACGCACGCGGCGCUGCCAUUUUCGGCAAUCGCAUGGGGUCUGUGCUGCCGCACGUUCAGCGAGCACUGGGUGACUCGCAGCAGCGUCAUCAGCUUAUCCUCUUCUGCUCCUCGUACGUCAGUCACGCGGAGGCAACGCAGAGCCUGUCAGGGCUUUGCCUUUACGCCUCGCCGCAUCAGCGGCUGCGCUGUAUCCUGGUGGACUGGGAGGCAGUGUGUGUGACUGUCGGCGAGCUGACGAGCAACGUACGCGUAUAUCGCUGCUCUCGUAGCGCGCGUCAGCUGCAGGCCGCAAUGCAGGACAUUCUCUCCUUAUUUCUGUUGCCCGAUGUGCGCCCUUCACGUCGCCUUGGGCUGCAACUCGGCUUGCAGGCGGUACCGGUCAUUGCGACGAUCUGGCAUUACGGGGCUUUUCUUGACGGGCGCGACACCAUCGGCAGCGUACUGGUGACAGAUCGUGCGUUGUCUGCUGCUGCGCCUUUGGCCAGCGGUGUCAUGCACCAACGUCUCACAGAGACGAAUCACCGUCAUGAUCGUGCCACUGCGGCAUCGGUGGUAGAGAGGGGUGGUCGGGACCCCUGGUCCACGCUGCAUCUACGUGCAGUACUCGAAGUUGACGACAUAGAUGAAUCGCUCCUGAUGGGGGACACAUGGGCGCUAUCCCUGGACACAUCGGCUGCCUCCACCUCCGCCUUGAACUCCUCUUCCGCGCCAUCGUCGCCAUGCACCGUAUCGACAGUGGCGCUCUGGCACGCCUUCUGCAACGCCUUCCUUGGCGAUGCACUCGUGCUCACCGGUGAGGAGACGGGCAUCGAAGCACACCGCCAUGCGAUGCAGCGCCAUCAUCACUUCGUGGCAUACUUCAUGCCGGACAGGACGAUGCGGGUGCGCGAAAUUGUGCCUCCAGAGCUGCGCUUUGUGCCGCUCCCCGCGCUCCCAACGCGCGAAGGGCUGCGGGAGGAGAAGGCGUAUAAGGCAGAGAUGCAGUGCCUUCGAGAGCAGCUGGUGUCCCACUGUGCCUCCGCCUCCUUCUCACUCGAUGCACUUCUCUCAAGUGGAUGGUGCGGUGCGGUGAGCACACCGUAG